GGGGGGGGAAGGGGGCGGUGCGCGCGCGCUACCCAUGAUGCUGUGCGCCGCGACAUGGCGGACCCCGGCUCCAGCAAAUCCUGCCCACCGUAACGCGUUUAACAGGUGGCGGCGAUGAGGAGGCUGAGCAAGAAGAAGGCCCUGAGUGCCGUGCGGGAACUCGACGCUUUCCCCAAGAUCCCCGAGAGCUAUGUGGAGACCUCAACCAGCGGAGGCACAGUUUCACUCAUCGCCUUUACAGCCAUGGCUAUCCUUGCGCUCUCAGAAUUUUUGUAUUUUCGUGAGACGUGGAUGAAGUACAGUUAUGAAGUAGACAAAGAUUCAACAAGCAAAUUAAGGAUAAAUGUUGACAUCACUGUAGCAAUGAAGUGCCAAUAUAUCGGGGCGGAUGUGCUAGAUCUUGCGGAAACAAUGGUGACUGCUUCGGACGGGCUCAUCUAUGAGCCGGUUCACUUUGAAUUAUCACCAUUGCAGAAAGGUUGGCAGAGGAUGCUACAGAUUAUACGCAGUAAGCUGCACGAGGAACACUCGCUACAGGAUGUGCUCUUCAAGACCGCAUUUAACGGUGCCCCUACCAUCAUGCCUCCCAGGGAGGAGAUCCCACAGGGAUUGCCUGAUGCCUGUCGAAUACACGGUUCAUUGCUCGUCAACAAGGUGGCUGGAAACUUCCACGUGACGGUCGGAAAGGCGAUUCCACACCCUCGGGGACAUGCACACUUGGCUGCUCUCAUCAGCCACGAUGCGUACAACUUUUCACACCGUAUUGAUCACUUCUCCUUUGGGGAGCCCAUCAGUGGCAUCAUUAACCCCUUGGAUGGUUCCGAGAAGGUGUCCACUUCACACUCUCACAUGUUCCAGUAUUUUCUCACCAUCGUGCCAACAAAACUACACACAUACAAGUUCACAACGGACACUCACCAGUACUCCGUCACAGAAAAGGAGCGCGUGAUAGACCACGCGGCAGGCAGUCAUGGCGUGUCGGGGAUCUUCAUGAAGUACGACCUGAGCUCACUCAUGGUGACCGUCACCGAGGAGUCCAUGCCGCUGGGACAGUUCUUCGUGCGCCUCUGCGGUAUUGUUGGCGGCAUCUUCGCCACCACAGGGAUGCUACACGGGCUGGUGGGCUUCCUGGUGGAUGUGGCUUGCUGCCGAUUCCAUCUCGGGGCCUACCGCACCUCCACAGAGAUGGUGGAAUCGUCACAGUCAACAAAUGGGAAAUCUCCACUGCCAAACGUCAGCAAUGGACUUCCCAUCACAGGAUGAGAGCCGUUUGUGGGUGGGAGCUCCUGGGAAAAAAACAGUGUGCAAUACCCCCAGGGACUAUCAAAGGUGAAAAACAUCCACCAGGCUACACUUAAAAAUGAAUUUGUAAAUCAAAAAUGGAGGUGAAUAAAACUUUUGAAUUCUUAAAGUUU